UUCUCCAGUUUACGUCCCUUAACACCGCAGAAGAAGAUGGUCGUUUCACUUUUUGCAGUGCCUUGAGAGCCACUGAUGUUAGCCGUUCAGACUGUAAAAGAGUGCAUGACCACAAAGAUCGGUGAACUCCCCAUCCCACUCCUCACGUUUGACUUGGAAAAUGAGUUCUUCCUCCCCCUUCAAAACGUCAGAGUGGACCUCCCUCACUGCAACGCCAAGCACCUGGAGUUUCUCUUGAUACCACGAGCCUCGAUAAGUCCUGUAUGAGUUUGUGUUCUGCAACAGUGAGAUUUGUUCACCAUUUGGAAUAUACACCUGUCAUCCUCGAGCAUUGGUUGAUCCAGAGAGAGCCGUUACUGGGCUGGAAAUAAUGCUUAUUGUUGAGGAGGGAGAAGAUCUGAUUCAUCCGUUUACUCUUGUUGACCAGGGUGUUGGCAGAAAGCCUCUGAUGUACUGAAAAAUGCUUCUCAGACCAGAGAUGCAUUUAUUCAGUCUAUGUCCUUUCAUCGUGGUGGUCCACAUGCAGUACGCAGAAGUGAAUUGUUGGAUGGUGUUAUUACCCUCUAUCAAGAAAAUCAGGCAAAAGUAUUUAAAGAAUAUCCUUUUCGGAUGAAGUUUGUGUCAAAGAAAGCUAUCGAUGCUGGGGGAGUUUCUCGCGAUAUGUUCUCAGCAUUCUUUGAAGAAAUGUAUAAGGUGUAUUUUGACGGAGCAAACCUGCUCAGUCCAAUUGUUCACCCAGGAAUGGAUGUUUCCGUCAUAUCCAUCAUCGGAGCAAUAAUUUCGCAUGCUUAUAUUGUUACGGGAAUUCUCCCAAUUCGAAUAGCCUUUCCUACCUUGGCCCGUUUUUUGUUUGGUCCAAGCAUUACAGUUUCAUCUGAGGUCCUUGUUGAUACAUUCAUUGAUAGCCUUAGUCUCUAUGAGGCUAGUAUUAUGAAGUGAGCAAGUGCAGAAGCCAAAGAAAAGCAACCAUCAUUUUCGAGUGAUUUGAUGCCUCUUGUUAUAUCAGUAUUUAGUCGCUUUGGAGUGAGGCAGCUGCCGACUCCACUUAAGUUUCAACACACACUCAGCCAAGUUGCCACCUAUGAGUUUUUCUCUAAGCCAUCCGCUACCCUCUCGCUCUUACAUUCGGGUAUACCAGAACAGCAUCGACCUUUCUGGAGGGAGUUGAGUGUUGAUGAUCUGUUCACAAUCUACUGUGCUCAGACAGUUUCUGUGGAAACUGUCCUUGGAAUGCUUGAGAAUGCUGUUGGUACAAAUGGCAAUGAAGAACGCAUUUUAUGCUAUGUUCGUCUGUAUGUUGGCAGCAUGAACUCUGACACACGUUGUAGUUUCCUAAGAUUUGUUACAGGCAGUACAGUCUGCUCAUCACCCACAAUUGAAAUUUCGUUCAAUAGCUUGUCCGGGUCUGCCCCAAGACCAAUAGCUCAUACAUGUGCACCAUCUUUGGAACUUUCAUGGACCUACAACAUGUACCUAGAAUUAAUGAAGAGCAUAAAGAUGAACAUCAUCAUCGGGAUCCAGAUGAUUUUGGUGCUCAAGAAAAUAAAAGAGACGAUAGUAGAGCACAGUAACACAUCGAUGCAUGUCACGCCAAAAACGUUAAUGCGCUGGUUGUGUAUUGAACUUCCAGUUAUCAUACUAUUUCGCUGAGUCCCCCUGUGCUCCAACAUAUGAACAGCAACGAGGUAAUUCUCCCGACCGUGAUCUGAACGUACUCUUGAUGGUAGCGAAUACUGACGAAUGGCUAAAAGAAAGAGGUCGUAAACUGUGCUAGCUCGAUUAUUUCCAGAACACUGUAAGUAGACAACAAGUCUACUGUACCCAUCAAUCCCACCAUGGGUAACUAAGCCUCAUCGCACUAAUUUGUGGUGGCCAUCUGCAAAAAAAUAAUAAUAAACAUCAGCAAUGUUAGUGUAAGUGCCACCAUGCAAUAGUGCAACAAUAGCACAUAUGUUGCGUGUGUUGUGCAGCAUUGAUAAGCAAAACACACAUGCACAUAAACCACUGCUAACAGGCCACUCGGAUAGGGAGUUUAGUUCAUCUUCUUCUCCUUCUUCAGAUUGAACUCGCGUAACUCAAAAACAAAAUAACAUACAGUAAUGAAAUUUUGUAAGAAUGUAGAUAUCCAUCACCCGAAGAGACUGGUCAUACUUAUUUCUUUGUAAACAACAACAAAUAGCCCCAGGCAAUACAUUAUAAUGGAAUCACAUGUGUCAGUAUAACUCACAAAUGGUAAGAGUAAUGGAACGAAACUUUGUAGACAUAAUGUAUUCAAUCACCAACACCAAAAUUACAACAAUACAUGUUUGUAAACAACAACAAAUAGCCUCAGGCACUUUUCUUUAAAUUUAGUUCUUCACUCCUCAAACUCUCCAAUGGUAGCACAAAGAGAUGAAACUUGGUAAGUAUGCCUAUUACAUCAUUUCCAUGACGAUUACGUUUCUAUGACGACCGCAUUUUGUUUGAAAAUGCCUCAGUCCAUUUUCUAUAAAACCAUUUCUUCAUUCCUCAAACUUGCUAAUUGUAGCACGCAUGGAGGAGAAACUUGGUGCGCUUGUGUAUUACAUCGUACUUCUUCAGUCCUCAAACUUGCUAACGGCAGCACACAUGGAGAUGAAACAAUCAUUUCCAUGACGACCACAGGCCUUUAUUCUCUAUUAUUAAUUUUAUAGGGCUUUCCCCCUUCCACAGAGAUAAUACGUAGUAGAGUAUAAUAUAAAAAUGAGUGGAGACAAGUAAAUUAAAAAUCCUGCGAAUUUAAAAAAGAGGCAUAUAGGGAUGGUAUAAAAAGAAAGGGAGACAAGAUAGGGAUGGGAUACAUGAAGCAUGGAU